GUCGUUUCCAUCUUCCUCCUGCGGCUCAACCACCGCAUUCUUUCCACACUGUUUUGGGGGAAAGCGGAGGAAUCAUCUUUCUCUCUCUGAUUCUCUCGACACCCUGUUCUUCUCAUGAAAACUCCGCCUUUCUUCAGCUUCGGAAAUCAGCGGCUCACCCACUGGGGAUUAUUAAACUGAUUUAUCUUCUUCAUCAUCAUCUGGAAGCAUGGCUGCUGUGUUCUUGAUGGGAACCUCUCCCCAGUAUCGAGGUCAUCCUAGACGGUUAUGUCUUGGUUGCUCUGUGGACUCCGUCGACUGCAAUUUCUAUCGUGUGACCGACUGACAGAUCAUGUUGGUUGCUUGGGGGUUCUGAAUCACUGCCGGGUUGUUCAAGAACUCGGGUUUUUGGGGAAAUUCUUGAGAGGCUUCUGUUUCAUGUGAGGAUGGCCCCCACUGGUAAUGGGAAUGGGCUGAAUGGCGAAAAGGAAAUGGAGGAAUCGGAUACCAGUGGAAGGAAUCUUUCAGUUCCUUUUAAUAUAUCAUCAUCUAGGAAAACACUGCUGACCAAUGAGACCCCGCAAUCUCACACGGGUUUCCAGGGUGCCUUGAGCACUCUUCCUGGCAGGUUAAACCUCCUGAAGUUUGGUUCUGCUUCCGCUAAAUUCCGGCAGUUAGCGGAGGAACGCGACAAGAUGUCACGUUCUGUGGCUUCCUCUAACAGCCACGGAAUCAGAGAGCGUAUUAUUGGGGUAUUCUCUCGGAAAAUCGACUGGGGCUCACUCCUCAAGAUGAGCAAGCAAUGGAUCCGAGACCCGAUGAACCUGGCCCUCUUCAUUUGGAUUGUCUGCGUCGCUGUGUCGGGUGCGAUACUUUUCCUUGUGAUGACUGGGAUGUUGAAUAAGGCUAUCCCCAAAAAGUCUGCGAGGAAUGCGUGGUUUGAAGUUAAUAACCAGAUCCUCAAUGCCCUUUUCACCCUCAUGUGUCUAUACCAACACCCAAAGAGGUUCUAUCACCUCGUGCUUUUAUGUAGAUGGAAGCCUGAGGAUAUCUCGAGGCUGAGGAAGAUCUACUGCAAGAAUGGGACCUACAAGCCACAUGAGUGGGCCCACAUGAUGGUGGUGGUGAUCUUGCUACACAUCAAUUGUUUUGCCCAGUACGCGCUGUGCGGCCUCAAUGUAGGGUACAAGAGGUCGGAACGACCAGCCUUUGGGGUUGGGAUUUGUAUCUCAGUUGCAAUUGGGGCCCCUGCUGUUGCAGGCUUAUACACCAUCAUCAGCCCGCUCGGGAAAGACUAUGUUUCUGAAUUUGACGAGGAGUCCCAACUAGAAGUUUCUUCCACUGGUCAGGCCCUAAGACGUAAAUCCUUAGAGAAGAGGUAUUCUUUUGCGUUGAGAGAGCAGGAUGAGCAGAGGAUCGUAGAGACUAGCCCAAGGUGGAGUGGAGGAAUACUUGAUUUCUGGAAUGAUAUAUCCAUAGCCUACCUCUCUCUAUUCUGUAGCUGCUGUGUCUUUGGAUGGAAUAUGGAAAGGCUCAGGUUUGGGAACAUGUAUGUUCAUAUAGCUACUUUUAUUCUGUUCUGUAUGGCUCCCUUUUGGAUAUUCAACUUAGCAGCUGUUAAUAUAGACAACGAGAUUGUUCGGGAAGUUCUGAGCGUGGCGGGAAUUCUCCUAUGCCUUUUUGGUCUUCUCUAUGGUGGAUUCUGGAGGAUUCAAAUGAGGAAGAGAUAUAAUUUACCACCUUAUAAGUUUUGUUUCGGUAAGCCUGCGGCAGCAGAUUGCGCCCUCUGGCUUUGCUGCUGCUGGUGCUCCCUUGCCCAGGAAGUGAGGACAAGCAAUUCGUAUGAUAUCAUGGAGGAGAAGUUCUGUGUCAAACGGGUGGUGGAGAAUGAUAAGGACAAGGAGGGCCAGGCAAUGUCCCCUCUACCUCGCGAGGAUCAAGUGAAGUCGGGGCCCAGCUCUCCGAGCCCAGGAAGAAUCUCAAUGGGGUAUUAUAGUCCAGAAGGAAAGCCCGCUGCAGGGAAAGAAGAGGCUGCUGUGGGAGGUAAGGACGAACCUAUGAGCCCCCCUGCUCCAUUAGUUAUUUGUAAGGAUUGACAAUUCGGCAAUAUUUUUAUCAUCCCUUAGAAUUUCUGUUUGUCCGUUUGGAAAAUAUUGUUUCAUGUUGUUUUUGUAAUGAGUCGUGGGUGUGACAAGAUGCGAUAAAAUUGCAGGAUAUGAAAUGUACACGAGUCACCUUUAUUUCGCAGGAUUCGUAUCGAUGUUGCUCAUGGGGCUUAUAGGAUCCAUAUAGUCAUUUAUAUACGAAUUUUCAAUUUCAUUCU